UCACACAGCUCGGAGCACUCGGACAGUUACAGCAGUGUGGUAGGUGAAAAGGAAGAGACAAAAAUGGCGACGAAAACAGUAUGUGUAACAGGAGCUUCAGGCUACAUAGCUUCAUGGUUAGUGAAGUUUCUGCUCCAGCGUGGUUAUACUGUUAAGGCCACUGUUCGUGAUCCCAAUGAUCCAAAGAAGACGGAUCACUUGACAUCACUUGAUGGAGCUAAGGAGAGACUCCACUUGUUCAAAGCAAACCUGCUCGAAGAAGGUGCCUUUGAUGCUGUGGUUGAUGGGUGUGAAGGUGUAUUUCAUACAGCAUCUCCUUUUUACCAUGCAGUCAAAGAUCCACAGGCAGAAUUAAUUGAUCCUGCACUGAAGGGGACACUUAAUGUUCUUGGAUCAGUUGCAAAGACACCAACAACUAGACGAGUGGUUUUGACAUCAUCUGUAGCAGCAGUUGCUUUCAAUGGAAAGCCACGAACCCCUGAAGUGGUAGUUGAUGAGACAUGGUGGUCGGAUCCUGACUUUUGCAGAGAAUCACAGCUCUGGUAUGUACUUUCGAAGACAUUGGCUGAGGAUGCUGCAUGGAAGUUUGUGAAAGAGAAAGCUAUCGAUAUGGUUACGAUAAACCCAGCAAUGGUUAUUGGCAGUUUGUUACAACCAACACUUAAUACAAGUUCUGGUGCCGUCUUACAACUGAUAAAUGGUGCUGAAACAUACCCAAAUGCUACAUUUGGAUGGGUUAAUGUGAAAGAUGUUGCCCUCGCGCAUAUUCUAGCAUUUGAAAACCCUUCAGCUAAUGGUAGAUAUUUAAUGGUUGAGGCAGUUGCACACUACUCUGAGUUAGUGAAGAUAUUACGCGAGCAUUAUCCCACAAUGAAGCUUCCAGAAAAGUGCGUCGAUGACAAGCCAUUUCCACCAAAGUACCAGGUUAACAUAGAAAGAGCAAUACAGUUGGGUGUUGAGUUCACUCCCUUGGCUGAAAGCGUCAAAGAAACUGUCAAAAGCUUGAAGGAGAAGAAGUUUUAUUCAGAUGCUUAGCCUCAAGUGUGAAUGAGUCUGCAAAUUUUAGUGAACAUGCUUCUGUAUUUUGAAGUUCACCAUCCCUUGGGAAACUUGAUCUAAAUAAGACAUUUUCUUAUUCGUGAUCCAAGAAUUUUAAUGUUGUAAACGCUUCAUGGAUGUGGUAGAAAUGGUUUGCAUCCCGUGUAUUGAUGAUUAUCUUGACCUGUUAAAGCUCCUUUUCAGCCUGGUUAUCUUUGGGAAUUCA